UGUUUAAGCGAAAUUCAUUGUUCUAACCUCUUAAAGGGAGAGUUCUGUAUUCGAGUAAGUGUUUGGAAUAACAGGUGCUUAGUUUGUUGUGAACAAUGGAUAAUUAUAGUUAUUGGAACUAUUGGAAGCGGCCCUUGAAACUUCAUGAACUCAUGGCAGAAAUUGAAAACAUUGAUGACGAUGAGUUGAUUCCUGAUACUAUUGCCGUUCUACCGCCAGUUAACGCAAAUGAAUAUAACACUGAUGAGGAUUCCGGCGACGGAAAUGAAGUGGAUAUAAACAACCUCCCUGGAAGUCAGCUGAUGACUGAAGUUGAGGUUGUAUUUGAAAACAAGGGAUCAAACCAAACUACAGUUGAGAGUGAUUUUGAUAGCGACGAUGACCUACCUUUGUCUACCUUACGAAAAAACGACCAAAAUUAUCAAAACCAAAUUACUCUUGGAAAAAAGGUGACAUCAACCAAGAUUUUCCAGAAUGGGUAAACGCAAGUGGUCCAAAAAAUUCUUUAUCUCCUUUAG